AUGAUCCGAGCAGAAUAUCAUUCACAUCGUUGUGUUUUAACUCGCACCAUGAAAUUUUUAUUAGUCGGAUUUUUCGUCGCCGUGUGCUCGGCCGCUCGUUUGGAGAACAAUUACUUACCCCCGAACCAUGCAUCUUCAUCAGGGGGCAAUGGUAAAUUCUUGGCAGCUCCUUACGCCGCCGCCGGUGCUCCAACAACUCCUCCUGUAGCCAUCUUGAAAAGCGUUAACGAGAACAACGGCGAUGGAAGCUACAACUACGAAUACCAAUCUGAAAACGGCAUAAACCACCAAGAGUCUGGUCACUUGGAAAACCAGGGAAGUGAAAACGAGGAGCAAGUAGUCAGCGGAUCUUACUCCUACACUGGUCCUGAUGGCAACGUCUACACCGUCCAAUAUCGUGCCGACGCCAACGGCUUCCAGGCCUUCGGAGACCACUUGCCAACCGCUCCUCCAGUACCAGAGGCCAUCUUGAAAUCCUUGGAGCAGAACAAAGCCGAAGAAGCCAGCCAAGCCAGUCAACAAUAUUUACCGCCUAACAAGAACAGCAAUAGCGGAUACCACUAUUAA